AUGGUACUGGGUAUGGGACAGGAUAGUCUGACCAACAACACUAGCGUACAAAGGGGCAUCAACCACCAACGGGUAGCCUCAACAAAACAUAGUAUAACGCAUUUCGGUGAUCUCGGGAAGCCCCAAAACCACGUGAGAAACGAUACUGGGAGAAACCCAUGGGCCGUUUGGAAAACACGUAGGGCACUUUCCGUGAACGCUGGGAAUACCCGUAUAGUUAAUCGCGACAAACAGGUUUCGCAUCGGCGGGGACGGGGCAGUCGACGACCGAACCGAACACCCGGAUAA